AUGGCACCAGAUGCCGGAUUUGAGUGCGAAAGGAACGAUGCGGACCCCCACUACGAUUUCGAGAGGAGACUGCUCCUUGCCAAGAUUUUGGCUGGAGCCAACGGCAACGGCCACCACCGUGGUGGUUCAUUCGCAAAACUUCGUGCGGUCCUUACAGCAGAAGGACAACCGUCCUACUUUUCUUCUUUUAAAUGGAUCCUCUUUGGCUCCUGGUGGAACGUCCUUCUCGUAUUCAUCCCCCUCUCCUUUAUUGCCCAUAAUCUCAACUGGGAUGCUGCCUACCGAUUUUCUUUCAGUUUCUUCGCUAUAAUGCCCCUCGCAAAGUUGCUCGGAGAAGCCACAGACCAACUUGCAAUCGAACUCGGAGAGACAUUGGGUGCUCUUCUCAACGCGUCGUUUGGUAAUGCCGUCGAAAUCAUCGUCGGAAUCGCUGCCCUUUUGCAAGGUGAACUCCGGAUCGUCCAAACGUCCAUGUUGGGCAGUAUCCUCAGCAACAUCUUGCUCGUCCUCGGAUGUGCCUUCUUUGCUGGAGGCGUGAAGAGACACGAGGGAAAGUUUGACGCUACUGGUGCACAAGCUGCAAGCUCCCUCAUGACCCUCUCUUGCAUCACUCUCAUCAUUCCCGCCGCGUAUCAUGCGUCCUUUGUAAAACCCCCAAAGGGAGGUGACGACCCGUCGCCUGAUGAUGCCACAAAGCCAGGAUUGCUUUUGAUCUCACGCGGCACCUCUAUCAUUCUCCUCGUACUCUAUCUGGCAUAUCUCUGGUUCCAACUUCGCACACACCCAGAUCUCUUCAAAGAUGAGAACGAGGAGGAGCAAGAAGAGGAAGAACGCGAAGAAGUCAAGAUGAAUUUGCCCGCUGCUGCCCUCUCAUUGCUAGCUGUCACGCUAGUCACCUCCUUCUGUGCUGACUAUCUCGUUGCAUCUAUUGAGGAGACGGCAGAACGUUAUAACAUUCCUGAGGCGUUCAUUGGUUUGAUUUUGCUCCCCAUUGUUGCCAACGCGGCUGAGCACUUUACGGCUGUCUUGAUGGCUAUGAAGAAUAAGAUGGAAGUGACCAUUGGUAUCGCUGUUGGCAGCUCCAUCCAAAUUAGUACCUUCGUCAUUCCUCUUCUUGUCAUAGUUGGCUGGAUUACCCAUAAGGAUUUGACACUCUUCUUUGCCAACUUUGAGACCGUCGCGCUGUUUGUUUCGGUUCUGCUUGUCAACAUGCUCAUCCAGGAUGGCAAAUCCAAUUAUAUGGAGGGACUGAUGCUUGUUGGCUUGUACCUUGUCAUUGCCCUUGCAUUCUGGGCCUCCUAA